GCGCUGAAGGCCAAGAAGGCCGUCCUGAAGGGGGUCCACAGUCACAAGAAGAAGAAGAUCCGCACGUCACCCACCUUCCGCAGACCCAAGACCCUGCGGCUGCGGCGACAGCCCAAGUACCCCCGGAAGAGUGCCCCACGGAGAAACAAGCUGGACCAUUAUGCCAUUAUCAAGUUCCCUUUGACCACAGAGUCAGCCAUGAAGAAGAUUGAGGACAACAACACUCUGGUUUUCAUUGUCGAUGUCAAGGCAAACAAGCACCAGAUCAAACAGGCUGUCAAGAAGCUGUAUGAUAUCGAUGUGGCCAAGGUCAACACGCUGAUCAGGCCUGAUGGGGAGAAGAAGGCUUAUGUCCGACUGGCUCCGGAUUACGAUGCGCUGGAUGUAGCCAACAAGAUUGGAAUCAUCUAAACUGCAUCCAACAAGUACUGUACAGACGGGAUAAUAAACCCUGUGACACCA